AUGAUAUUUGCUACUGUCAUACUUCUCACGUUGAUAGCCUCAGCUUCGAGUCAGUAUGGGGUGUAUCCAGGAUUGUAUGGAGGAAUGGGAUAUGGAGGUUACGGUGGGUACGGUGGUUACGGAGGCCUUGGAGGGUUUGGAAUGAAUGGAGGUGGAUUAGGCUAUGGAGGACUUGGAACACUUGGAAUGUACAGUCCGUAUGGAUAUGGAAAUUAUUGGUGCAACAACUACGGACUAUAUGGAAAGAAGAAGAAACGCUGA